CCUAUUUGUACGGUAGCUGAGCCUGACGCUGUGGCAAAUGCAGCCAAAAUGGCGGCAGCUAGGAUAAGCUUAGCACUGGUCAAUUGGUCAGCUACCAUCAUGCAUCAUGCAUCAUGCAGCUUCGUGCCCAUGCCAUAUUGAUCCAGCUCCUUUGAGUCCACCAUAGCCUCUUGCUUUGGGAGUAAAGAGAGCGAGAGGCCAGCAUUGAAGGAAGUUUCGACAGGACGGGUGGUCUGAAAGGGUGUCAUUCAGGUCCUGGUGGGACUCUGACUGUAACCAAGGCUAUCUGCCGAGUGCAAUCGUCUUAGACCUCAGACGAUUCUCCUCAAGGAGGGGCUUCUUGAACUCAAUGUGAAGAUUGGAUCACCGGCAUGGCUGAGGACAGAUCAAGGAAGCGAGACGUUGAUUCACCAUCAAAUUACACCAGGACUGAGAGCAGCAAGCAUGCUCGGGUAGAAGAUGAUCUUGAAACAGCGUCUAGCAGGCAGAGUGCUCAGCAAAAUAGCCCCUGUAAUCUAUCUAACGUGCCUACGGAACCGGAAGAAGUCCAGUUCUUUGUGAAAUCACUGAGUGGGGAGACUCUAGUGGUGAGAGAGCCAGUCACGAGAAGCUUGGAGGACCUAAAGCAAUCCAUUUUGCAGAGGUGGACUCAUGGAAGGUCCAGCCAGAUGUGCGAGGCGGCUGUUUUCUUCACUUGUGAAGGGAAGCACUUAUCCAAGGAGUGGCAGACCCUAGGAGGGGUGCCAGUCAGAGCAGGCAGCACGCUCGUAAUGCGGGUGCGCCUCCGCAGCACCAGUUGCAGAACAGUGGCUGAGCACAGUGCCAAGCUGCAAGAGCUCGCCAAGAAGAUGGUCCAGGGCCAGCGCACAGAUGCAAUGGUGGGGACAUUCCUAAUGACUCUGAACCUCCAUCUCCUGACCCCGGGCCAGAAGGAUCAUGAUGCAGAGCAUCGGGUUGCCACGUUUGUGGGGACAGGAGGACUGGAGGCCAUCACGUCACUACUCGGCAGCAACAGCUCGUUCGUCGCUCUCUACACCGUCCAACUGCUCUGCAAGCACCUGGCAGACGCCUCCCUUAUCGCCGUCCUGACUGGGUGGCACCUCCUUGACGCGCUUCUGGACCGCUGUUCUGACGCCGCCAGAUCGGAUAGCGUUUUGAGCAACUACCUGCGGGACCUUUUCAACCGCCUGUGUGGCCCAAGCGCGAUCCAGAAAACUUUCUUGCAGCUAACUUCCGACCAGAAUUGUGGGGGCGUGCGCUUUGCUGCAGUCUUUGCAAAAUUGGCAGCGAGGUUGGGGGUGCUAAUCCAGCGAGAUGCGGCUUGUCUGGGUCAGGGGUCGCCGCUGCCGGCGCCAGAGUUUCCUAGCUUAAAAGAAGUCUCGGGUGUUCUAGAUCGUCUUCAGCGUUCAGGUUAUCUUGACGAGCAGUACGAAAAGUGCCGUGAGGAGCUCUGUGUACAACUCAGCCCGGCCGUUGAAGCGCUGCUCGGUGAUGCGAUCGAGGCGACCGGCCAUCGAGAAUAUGCAAGGCAGAUUGUGGCUGCGGCUCUAGAUCCUACAAAGCAACGUGCCAUUCCAUUGAGCCGCUCCUUGACGCUCCGAGGGCUGCCACCGACGUUCUUCGAGCACCUGGUUGGCUGCCUGCGCGCGCUCACGAAAGCCGCAAGCGGAAGGCCUGAUCUAGAGGCGAAAGUGCGGGAUUUGCUCUCCGAAAACUCAAACCCUCUGGAAGAUUUGCUAACGCUUCAAGUGCCGGGCACAUUCACCGCUUCCGAGCAUCUGCGGUGUGUUUUUGAGCUGCCCUACCGGGAUCUGUGGCCGCUGCACCUCAAGGAGAGUUGCUUGAGGGACUAUCUUCCGUUCCCGCUUCCGGUGUCCGGGCAUCGGGUCGACGUGAGGCGGGGGUCUCAGACGCUGGCGGACGCGUUUAGCGGGAUCGAGGAAGGCUUCGACGCACGCACGCUGAGCAUGGGCAUCGUUGCGAGUUUCCAGAACGAGGCGGGGCUAGGUCCGGGCGUAAUCCGCGAGUUCUUCACAGUGGUCAGCCGAGAGCUCUUCAAUCCAGAAUUCGCCCUGUUUCGCACCGCCCCCGCCGACCGCAACCGCCUGUUCCCCAACCUCAACUCCGAUGUGAAUCCCGGGCAUCUCUCCUACUUCCGCUUCUGUGGCCGGUUCAUCGCUCUGGCCAUCGCCCACGAGAUGCCGUUGGGAAUCACGCUCUGCUCGGCGCUCGCGCAUGGGCUUCUGAGGCGCCCGGGAGAGUCCCCCGGGGGGCAGAGUGUGGGGCACUUCGCGGCCCGGGACAUCGACCCCGAGCUGUUUGAGUCGUGCGAGCGGCUGCUGCAGCUGCCGGAGAGCGAGGUUGCGCAGCUCGGCCUGACUUUUGUGUACACGACUGAGCGCUUGGGGGGCCAUACCGAGCAGGAGCUGUGCCGGGGGGGCCACGACAGAGAGGUGACCGCCAAAAAUCGGGCGGAGUUUGUCAACCUGAAGGUCCGGAAGCAGCUGUUGGAACCUGUGCGCCCGCAGAUUGCUGCUCUGAGGGAGGGCUUACAAAGUCUGCUGUGUCAUGGCGGCAAAGAAUGGCGGGAAGCGUUUGGCAUCUUGACGGAGGAGGAAUUCAACUCCUUGCUACACGGCUCUACUGCGGACAUCUCCAUCGAAUAUUGGAUGGAGCACACCACCUACCAUGGGUACACUGACGAGCAUCCUGUCAUCCAGAACUUCUGGCUGGCUGUCCAAAGCCUGAACCCCGAUCAACAACGCAACUUACUGUUCUUUGCUACCGCCGUGCGGUAUCUUCCUUCCAUAGGCUUUGCCGGCCUGUCCGAGCGCUUUCACAUCCACCACACGGAUGCCGCACCAGAGAGCCUUCCCAGAGCGCACACAUGCUAUUUUCAACUAGUGCUUCCCGCUUACGGUUCUUACGAGCUGAUGAAGCAACGGUUGAUGACAAUAGUGCAGCAGCACGUUGUGGAAGGGUUUGGAGAAGUGUGACGAAGCCAAACAUCAGUGUCAUUUUAGGGGGGUCGUUGAGAUGGACAUAUACACUGAGAUCUGGGCUCGCUCCUUCGGUGAGAAGCGCUCGCUGAAGGCAGUUGCAAUCAUGAUAGAUUUGAG